UGAUAGUUCCUGAGGCUAUAAAAGAUCCUAGUGUCAAGAAGAUGAACAGAAAUCCCCAACCAUGGAGCAACGUUGUCUCUACUCCAAGCAGGAAAAUUUUGAAAAGAUGGAACUCACAGUGGAGAACCCGAGGAGGAGACAAGCUUUUGGCUGCCAAGGGAAGGCCAUUGCAGUCCUGUGCGUCUUGCUGGUGAUCUGCUUUGUGGUGUUCACAGCUGUCCUUAUAGUGAACCAUGGGAAAACAUCCAUGGAGCUAUCCAACAUGAAGAUGCGACUUGAGAAAAUCCCAGUGAAUUCCACAAAAGAACUAUCAGACCUUCUGCACUCCAUAGAUUCCGCAACAUCCAAAGAACUCAAGACAAUCAACAGUCGACUUGUUAAAGUGUCUGAGGAGCUGGCUGAAACAAAGACGAGGUUUACAAAGAUCCAAACAGAUUCCAGGAAAAAUCUAUCAGAUCUCCAUGACUCUGUAGAUUCCAAGUUGUCCACAGAACUCCAGACAAUCAACAAUCAACUUGUUAAUGUGACUGAGGAGCUGAGUAAUACAAAGCUGAGGCUUAGGAAGAUCCAAGAAGAUUCCAAGCAAGAUUUAUCUGAUCUCCAGGAUGUAAUAGAUUCCAAGAUGGCAAAAGAACUCAAGACAAUCAACAAUCAGCUUUUCAAUGUGUCUGAAGAACUGAGUGAGACACACCCACGGCUUAUGAGGGUAGAAGCAGAUGCUAAGAAAAAUCUAUCUGAUCUCUGGAACUCCAUAGAUUCCACCAUGUCCAAAAAAUUCCAAACAAUCGAGAGUCAAAUUCACACCAUAUCUAAGGAGCUGGCUGACACCAAGCAGAAGGUUAUGAUAAUCCAAGCAGAUUCCUGGAAGAAUUUAUUAGCUCACCUAGGCAAGACAGAGAUAAGGAACCUGACGCAUUUUUUGGUUGAAGAAGUGGGCAAGGAGCUGGCUGAAGUAAAAAAGGACUACGAGAGAUUCCAGAAUUCCUUGAGCAGUGCACAGGAAGAAUUAAAGAACCUCACAGAGCUCUUCUGCACAAGAUGUCCAAAAGGCUGGGUGCAAGAUCAGAAAAUCUGUUACUUCGUUUCAACAUCAAGUAAAAACUGGAGAGAUUCCAAGAAAUUCUGCGCAGAUCAGGGGGCUCACCUGGCUAUCAUUAACAGCAAAAAGGAAAACAAGUUUCUGUCAAACCAAAUUCUUGAUAUCCAUGCUUAUUGGCUGGGCCUAUCUGACGAAGAUGAGGAAGGAUACUGGCACUGGGUUGAUGGCACUUCCUUAACCCUCAAGUUCUGGAACAAGGGAGAACCCAAUGAUGCAGGACGACAUGGUGAGGACUGUGCCACCCUUCUGGAUGGAGGAAAAUGGAAUGAUGCUCCCUGCCAUGGAGAGGAAUACUGGAUUUGUGAACAGAAAUGUGAACCGGAUCUUUGAAUUUAUAGAAGGGAGGGGAAUGACUGAAUGUAAAAUGAAACCCAGGCACAGUUGCUAAAAAUGUACAUCUGUUAAGGCUUGGGGGCUAUUGCAAGGCUUUGAGUUUAUCAGACAUAACCCUGAAAAGCAGGGUUAGAAAAACUGAUAGACUGGUAUUUAUUAUUUAAUUUGUUUCCCUAGCCCACUGGACCCAACAGCAAAAGCAUUUCCUAUGAUCUAGGAUGCAGGAUCUGACAUUGCAUGUGGUCCUCACAUGGGGGAUACAAUUGCUAAGCAUAGUAGAUCUCAUUGGCUCCAUAUCCAUCCUGGCACUGGCCUGAAUACUGAUCUCAGAUGCACCACUGUAAAUGCAAAAAUGGAACUGACUCCAUUGGAAUAAUUCUCUAUUGGUGAGAAAGAUACAAUCAGGCCCUUCCAACUAAAGUGUCCUUUUAUAAAUAUCACCCACCAGCUCUGCUAGGAGGAAAAAUACUUGUUUGUAAGGAACAGGAUUGAGACAGAGGGAAUGGGUUCAGUUCCCAGCUCUGUCACCAUCCCAUUGUAUGCCUAUGGGAAAACCAGUUCAUUUCCCUGGGCCUCGGUUUUCUCAUCUGCAAAAUGGGGAUAAUUCUGCUUUUGUCCAUCUUGUCCAUUACAAUAUAAGCUUCUGGGGUCAGGAGCUGUUUCCAAUUUUCCCUUUGCAGUGCUCGGCACAGAGGGGCCCCAAAUGCCAAAUGGGGCCUCCAGGUGAAUUACUGCAUCAGUGUGCCCCAGGAUCAGAGAUUUCCAUCUUUUGGGAACAUACGUUCCUGGGUUUUAAUGAUCCAAAGUCUAUUUUUGUUCACUGAAUUCCCCUUUCUCCAUAAUAUUCCAGUCACGCUCCUCUCGCAGGAAUCGAUUCUGUGGAGAGCAGCAAGAUAAUAAAUUUACCUGCCUUACAA